CACGCAGCUAUACCGUAGUGGUCACAAGAUUCCACCACACUUGCAUCCGACGUCUCCGCUCUUUAAUGCGUUUCGUUGAGCAGCAGAUGGAAACAAAGACAUGACGUUAUGACUGUUCAUCGACUCAGCCAUUCCAAAUCCUUUGUUUUGCCGAUUUAUGUUCUGUUCUAAGUAGAAUAUAGCCUUGAAUGCUGGAAUUAAACUUCGUUUAGACUAUUGCUAUGUUCGAAGUAUGGGGGACUCAUUUUCUCUGCGAAUUGGAAAACCUGGAUCUUCUAUAGAACAGGAUAGGAAAUCUUUGCAGAUAAUGAUGUCACGCCCGCUUCCAAGCUCCCCGAUCCGGCCAUGGUUAUAAGUGAGAGAGAGAGAGAGUGAGUUGUGAUUGUUUAAUCAAAGAUUGCAGUGGCAAAGCGGAAGAACACUGGAAUUCUGGAAAAGUGAUCUCACAAGAUUGAGAAGACAAUUAGCAUCGGAGAUGUUACUUCAGAUAGUUCUCUGAGCAGCAACAUUCCUGUAUGCCCUGUGUUUCCUGAAUUGUAGUCAGCAAUCUAUCAAUGAAGCAGUAUGCCCCCAACUGGAGUUUGGAAGAUCAAAAGAAACCCAUGGGGCUGGACAGUGAGCUUGUAGAACUGCUGUGGCAAGAUAUGCAUGUCGCCAUGCAUACCCAGAGUAAUCACGGAGCCUCUGCCAUCAAUGAUGAAUCCAAACCAGAACAAGAACCACAAUGCGAGCGGUCACUUGCUAGAUCCGCCGGCAUGAUCCAGGUCGACGAAACCGUGUCAUGGUUGCAGUACCCUCUCGACGACCCGCCAGCCAAAGAAUUCUGCUCCGACUUCUUCUCGGAAAUGGCGGGCAUCGGUGUCAUCGGUGUGCCCACUGAGAGCACUGCUUUCACAGCAACUUGUCCUCCUAGGCCACCACAGAGUUGUAAGGCUCAGGCUUCUUCGAUUGGUGAUGGAGAUGCAAGCAUCUGCGGAAGUAAUCAGAUCCAUGCACAGGCUGAUCUGAGCAGGGAUUCUGCUGCCGCUGCUACUAAAGGAAUGCCAUCAGAAACUGAGCAGAAACACGCGUAUGAAACUACUCUUACUUCAUCCUCGGGAGGUUCUGAUUGCAGCUUCAGAAGAAUGAGAAAGCAGAUUUUUGGAAGCAAUCGGAGUCAAAAGAGAAGGAAAAGAGAUGCGGAUGAUCAAAGCGAAGAGGCUGAGAUCGAGUCGAUGGAAGCGAAGAAGCUGGCUCAGCGAUCGACGGCUACUCGUAGAAGCCGAGCUGCUGAGGUCCACAACCUCUCCGAGAGGAGAAGAAGAGACAGAAUCAAUGAGAAGAUGAAGGCACUGCAAGAGCUGAUACCUCGUUGCAACAAGACAGACAAAGCAUCAAUGCUGGAUGAGGCUAUUGGAUAUAUGAAGUCACUUCAACUGCAAGUUCAGAUGAUGUGGAUGGGAAGUGCCAUGGCACAAAUGAUGUUCCCAGGUGUCCAACAAUACAUGUCUCAUGCUUCUGUUCCUUGGAUGCAUCAUGCAGUUCAAGUACCAAGUGUGCCAGUUAUACACCACUCUGCAGGCUCAUACACAAACCAUUUAUGCCUUUCUCCAGCCCUGCAUGCAGCCAAUUUCCAGAAUCAGAUGCAGGGCUUCCAUCUCCAAGAAUCAUCAUAUGUCCCCUGCCAUGGCUUUCAUCAUCUUCAACCUCAUUCUCAGGAGACCAAUCCAUGCAGCCAUGGAUCACUCACAGAGCAGCAGAAUCAUCCAGCAGCUAUACCAGCUCCUUGUGAAAACACCAAUGACAGCAUAUCUGAGUGAUUGCCAAUGUCAAAUUUCAACUCCAUACUUGGAGAGGACCCUAUGAGCUCUACACAGAUCUGUGCAGGCAUUUCCUAGGAUCUACUAGGUUACAGUUCUAGAGAUUGGAGUGUCUGCUUUAUAGUAACUGAGAAGAAGACAAAGAAAAGAAAUAUAUAUUGACAUUCUGCUUUCAGGCUUGCAAACAUGCUGAUCUUGAUGACCAAAUGGUGGAUGCAGUCAGCUAUGAUGUCCAGGGACAGUGAACCAGGAUGAAGCAGCAAAUGCCUUCUUGGGGGAGGAGAGCAGCAAAUCCUGAGAAUCUCACCCCAGUGUACUUUAACAAAAUCCCCUCAGGAGCCACCAACUUUUUAAUAGGUCUGCAGACAGACCUAAUUGCACUCUGUUAUUUUCUCUAUUAUUUGAUGUUGGAAGCUUGAAAGAGACUGAUGGCAAUGAUAGGCCCUAUCCAGAGCAUGGCCUUAGUGUACCAAUUAGAUCUCAGAUUUUCCUUUUAUUGUUCUUCUUCUGUCACAAUCCAAUUUUCACUUUGAAACA